CAUGGAUGUAGGCCAUUCAUUGGUCUUGAUGGAUGCUUUGUUAAGCUGACUACAGGAGCACAAGUGUUGGCCGCCUCUGGAAGGGAUGGCAACAACAACUUGUUCCCUAUUGCAUUUGGAGUUGUUGGCAAAGAAGACAUUCCUAAUUGGUGUUGGUUCCUUGAACAACUCAAGUAUGCUCUUGGUGGCGACUCAGGGCCAUUUGGAAGGUGGACUAUCAUGUCAGAUAGACAAAAGGGCCUGCUGAAUGCCAUAGACAAAGUAUUUCCUAAUUGUGAUCAGAGAUAUUGUCUUAGGCAUAUUUACGCAAAUUUUCAAACUGCUGGUCACAAGGGUGGUGAUCUUAAAAACACAUGGAUAGUGCUGCAUAUGCUUACCAAAAGUCUGAUUAUGAUGCUGCUAUGAGUGACUUGAAGGCUGAGAGUGAAAGUGCAUGGGAAUGGUUGUCCAAAAUUCCACCUAGGCAUUGGGCAAGACUUGACAUGGACACAAAUUGCAGAACAGAUUUAGUGGUGAACAACUUAAGUGAAGUAUUCAACAAGUAUAUCCUAGAAACUAGAGACAAGCCCAUUCAAACCAUGAUAGACAACAUUAGGAAAAAGCUAAUGGUCAGAUACAACAGCAAUAGAGAGGGGCUCGUUAAUUCAAAUUGGGAGAUCACACAAAACUAUGCAGAGAAGUUGGAACUUGAGAAGACCAGGGCAAAACAUUGUAGGCCAGUAUGUGCAGGUCAAGGGCUGUGGCAAGUUACUUCUGGAUUGAAAACAUAUGUUGUUAAUGUCGAUGCUAAUACAUGUGGAUGUAGAAGGUGGGACAUUAAUGGUGUGCUAUGCAAAUAUGCAGUGUCAUGCAUUUAUAAGAAAAAAGAGCAUCUUGAAGAUUAUAUGAGUGCAUUCUUCAAAAGGGCUAUGUACCAGGUUGCCUACAACAAUAUUAUAUACCCUGUCCCUAGCAAAGAUAGUUGGGCAAAGACUGAAACACCCGAUAUUGACCCACCAAUUUUCACUAGACAUCCUGGAAGACCUAAGAAGAGCAGAAGGAAGGGAGUGCAUGAGGUGCCUCAGCCGGGUUCUAGACAUAGGAUGACAACAACGACAUGCUCGAACUGCCACAAACCUGGUCACAAGUAUACCAGUUGUACCACACCACUGAGAGCGGACCUGGCGAUAAGAAAAAACAAGCACAAGAGUAAUAGAAGAAUAUUUGAAGAAGGACCAAUCCAUGCUCAAGUUGAAGAAACACCACUUCAUGGUCAAACCAAAGCAACACCGGUUCAUGUUCAAGCCGAAGCAACAACGAAAGGACAAAGGAAGCAACCUAAACUCGUUGGGGAGGAGCUCUGUACAGGACGGCCGGCGGCGUCGACGAUGCCGCUGGGUGGACGAGCCAACGCUGACACGAAGGAAGAGGUGCUGGUGGAGGAGACGACGUCGGGAUGGACGAACCGACGAGCUCCCGGCGACGAGCUAGCCGGCGACUCUGGCUUGGGAAGAGACGGCAUGCACGCAGAUGUAGGUGGCUGUUAG